CGAGGACCUGCGGCAUAGGUCUGGUCGUCCACAGAGGGUCGUCGCAGGGAAAGAGGGCGAGAAGAUUGAAUGCCAGAUUCGGUGCACCAGUGACGCAGACUCAGGGCGUAAGAGUCGGGGAGCGAGGAGGGGAGGGGGGCGCUGCUAAGACACAGAGCUGGGUCGCUGGAUCAUGCCGCAUUCAGCAGUUGGUCGGGGUUUCGCAAAAAGAGUGGGAUGCAGGCGUCUCGGCUGGCCGUAACGGGUAAGAUGCGAGCUGGAUGAAGAGUGGUGGGCUCUCAAUGCUGCACAGAAUGCACACGAACGACGGCUGGGCACUUUUGUCGUAUUGAGCUGCCGAAGGGCGGUCUGUGUCGGUGUUCCGCUUAUUCGCUAUGCUGUCGCAGCGUGGUGGAAUAGUAGGGAUGAAAGGGGGCGUGUAAGAGGAUUGUGCGUGAGAGUCGUCCAAGGUUGGGGUCGAGGCCGCGGGAUACCUUAUAUGUGCGUAUAUGGUAUUUAGGUAUGUAUGUGGCAUGCGGCAUGCGGCAUGCGUUGACGAGUAUUGUUGUGUGACGAGGAGGAUAAUGAGGUCAAGUGAGGAGGAUGGGCGUAGACUGUCUGACCGAAAGAGGGGUGGUGGUGGUGUGUCUGGAUGUUUUCAGGCCGCAUACGUCGUUGAGGCUGAUACUGCCGAGCAAGGGAUGCAGGGGGAGGCGAGUCGAGUCGAUCCGAGCCGAGUCGAGUUGAGCAGACGGGAGAAGAUUCAACAGCCGUCGAUGGGUGUCGAGGAGAAGAGUAUCGGUGAGACGACGAUGAGUUGGAAGAGUGGCGGCGGUGGUGGUGGUGGUGGUGGUGGUAGUGGUGGUGGAAGGGGGGAGAAGAACAGACGACGGGGGGAGCAGCGGCAAAAGAAAGAGGGGUGGGCAGGUCGUCUUGGUUUUGUAUUUCGUCGCAGGCCAAAAGGAAGGAACCUUGGGGAACACCAAACACCAGCAGACACCAACCAGGCACCACUGCUUUGGAGCCAAGCGAGGUGAUCUGAGGUGAGGUGAGGCGAGGCAAGGGAAGGCCGG